ACAUGUUUUGCUACUAUAUUAAGAACUUUUAUUUUGACGAACAUUUAUUUUGACCUACCGCAGCCAUAUUGGAAACGCUGGUACAGAGCUGUAACUUUUAAAUGAGAAUAACUUUCUCAGAUGUAUCCUUGGGUAAUGUUGUUUCUGGUAUGCAUCAGUCACUUCUUCGAAGUUGCGCCUAGUCUUUCACUAUUUGCUCUAUAGAGCAAAAUAUAAUCUGGGGUGGUUUAAUUUAUUUAUAUAAUGGACAAGCAAACUUUUUUCGCCGGUUAGUUGUAGCUGUCGCUAAUUUAGUCAAGCGUCCGAUUAAGUUAGGCGACCAGCUAAAUUGCUGGAUUGUUGCAAUGUCAAAAAUCAAGAGACUGGCUGAUGCAGAUGAUUGUUUUAAUGUCUAGGUGAAGCCAUUAAACAUCAUCCACAAGUGGUUGUGAUCACUCUGAAGCCAGGACUGCCUUUCAUUGGAUCUUUCUCAACAACCGGAUCGUCCCCCUGCAUUUAAAGGAUUGACAUAAGUCAGUCGUCGGCGUGUGUGCAGUGUGUCCCGCACGGUUGGCCCUACUCGGACCACUGCCCAUGGAUUUUCGACGGAUUGAGCAUGUUGAUUCUGCGGCAGAGCCUGUCGAUGACCUUCAAGAAAAUGAAGAUGAGUUAAAUCCAUUUUCCUACAAGGAAUUCAUCCGAAGCAAAGAGCAGCAUGAAAGCAGUUCAGAGUCCUCAGAAGAGAAAUGUCAUUUGACAAAAAAGAUGACUGGUAUCAGUGCGUGUCUACCGGAACUGGACUACUCACUGACCGCUGAAGGCUUUGAUCAAGAGCAGCAAGGACAUUUCUUCAUUGACAGUAUCUCACAAGCACACACGGAGAUCAAUGAGCCAGAGGAGGAGUGGGUUGGGACGUAUCAACCACUAGCCAUUGAAGAGGCACACACGCUGGGUCUUUGUGGAAUGAUGGAUUGGAAUGCUUGCUCUGACCGUCAUCCUUCUACAAGCUCUAGGAAUUAUGACGCUGACAAAGAGACUCUCAUGACUGACGCACCGCACCAGACAUGUAAAAGCAAUUCUGAAAUUGGAAAUAGAAGCCAACUAAAGCUGAGGGAGGAGAAUGCUCAGCUCAGGAAGCACGUUAAGGAGCUCUUGAAACAGUCAGAGAUUGAUGACCAAAGAAUCCGACGCCUUACUGAGGAGUUGCAGAAUAAGAGGGUGCAGGACGAGCGGGAGGCGAAGGCUUUGGAGACGAUGGUUCACUCUGUGGAGCAGAAUCUUCAGCUCAUGACGAAGCGAGCAACGAAGGCGGAAGGCACAGUGACAAAGCUGAAACAGGAAGUGCAUCAACUACAGGACCAACUGGAGGGCUACCGGGGGAAAAUGGCUGCCAUGAAUGCUAUGAAACACAAUGCACAAGUCGCCUCGGAGUAUCUCAGCAAAGCAACACGCGAUGCGGAAACUUCCAUCAAGCAAUUAUUGACGGGAGCAGAAACGUUAUGUCUUGUAAAUCAGAUGCUCAACUCAAUUGACAAGAUAACUGAGAACAUUGAGACAUGAUUCUAGAAGAGUAGUCAUGGUCUCUGGGUAUCAGUGCUCUUCAAUACAAUUCAGAAUGUGGUUGCUUUUCUUUAACUGCAUUUUAAUGCCAUUUCUGUAUAUAUUUAAUAUUUUGGUAUGCAUGAUUUGGGUAUUACUUUUGUGUAAGUGUAAGUAGCAGCAGUCUGUAGUCACUUUACGAUCAGUGACACGCUCAUUUCUGGACAUAUAUGUUCUCUUGACAUGCACUUUGGUCCGACCGCCGACUAUAACAAAUCAUAACAAGAGUAUAAUUCAUCUUAAUCAAUACAUCUCAUUUAUCGAUCGUAAGAUCCUGGUCUGCCUCCAGUCUUGUGUUGUUGUUGUUGUUGUUGUUGUGUCUGCAUUGUACACAGUUGUGUUCCCUUCAGUUGGUUUCAUUUGAUCCCAACCACCAGGCGCACCAGACAUGCUGUGGCAGUGGCACAAACACCACAUCAUUAGAAUGCGCUGGUUUGAGCUGGACACCAGCCAGUCCAUCUCUUCAACCAGCUUGAAACCAACUAAGAUAAUAAAACCUCAGAAAUUGGUCUAAA